AUGGUGGACGGAGAAGCCAUGGAAGACGGAGACAGAUCGGAGACAUCGUGGAAGUCCGAUGAUGCUCCUCAGCGUGCGGAAGCUUCUCAGCGACCACCUCCGGAUCCCUGGGACACGAAUGACCCCUGGGCCGCAUCAUUGCCACAGAGGCCGACACCUCAACAUGCAGGUCAGCAGAACACGGCGCCAGCUUCUGCUUUCGAAGCACCGCCGCAGCAAGCAGCUGCAACACAGUCAGGUCCACCACCCGAUCCGUGGGAUGUUCCCAAUAACGACCCCUGGGCUGCGUCCAGUCUGCCGACGCCGGCACACGCAGGACAGCCAAGCAGGGCGGCUGCGACACAGCCGGCAGAGCAUCCCAGCCGGGUCCACGCAGACAUGUGGGCGCAAGGACGACAGCAGGCAUCCCGGCCGGGUCCGACUUCUCAGGUGAGACUAAAUGGAGGGACGCAUGCAUAUGCGCAGCAGGGGCCGCAGUCAGCCGGGCACUACGCUGCUUCGCCUCAGGAGGAUCCGUGGGCUGAUGGAAAUGACCCCUGGUCGCAGUCGAUGCCUCAGCAAAGCACCCAGAUCCGGCAGCAGCCAUAUUACCCGCCGAGCACUCCGCAUGCGGCUCCUUACCGCCCACCAGAAGGGCCACCUGGUGCUCCCUACGCCCCUCAGUUCACCCCGAAGCCAGCACCGGCGGCGGCGCCGGCGUACAAUGGUGUGGGCAAGGGAUUUGGGAAACAGGUCCCACCAGCAGGAGCUCCACCAGGACCGAUUCCACAGGGCCCGCCUCAGCGAGCACCGGAUCCCUCAAAGGGUAGCGGCAAGACGGCUCCUGUUGGGGCCGAUCCCCGGUACACCCCCACGUUCGGAAGUGUCUCAAGUGUGCCGAAGCCCAAGCCUGCUCCACCCCCUGUCCCCGACAGCGACGAUGAGGACACACCCCAACCAAAGGCCUCUGGACAGAAAGGCAUGGGCAAGGGGGUCUACCUGAAUGGCUCCUCCUCGGCGCACGUUCCUGCAGGUGCCCCUCCGGUGGGGAGGCCGCGAUCUUCUCCCGAUGGUAGAGCCGAAUUUCUUGGACACUUCGGCGGCGCCGGGAAGGUCCUCAGCCCGUUGACCAUGGAGGUGAGAAAGAAAUACGAUGUUGAGGGCGCCCAGUUCCUGCAGUGGGACAGCGAUCAGCCUCUCUUGCUCUGCAAUGCCAAAGAUGGCCUGGCCUUUCUCAGACCCCAUCACCCUGACCAUCCUGGAGGGUGGCUGCCGGUUGAAACCUUGGCGGCCGAGCCCGUGUACGACUUCAUGGUGCGAGUCAGGGUUGCGGAUGGCGUCACGAUUGGACUGCAAUGUCAGCAGCAUAAGCUCGCCGACGACGUGGAGGGACUUCUUGUCACCUCCGUCGAGGAGGGCGGUGUUUUGGAGCGCUGGAACGAGCUGUGCUUGAAGGGAUUCCCACGUGAUCAGCUGCUUCCUGGGGACCUUAUCAUCGGUGUUGGCGAGUCUUAUAGCAGCGCUACCAUCGACGCACUGUACCAGGACGAGGCCAUGCUUGCCAUGGGGAUCUUACAGCUGCACGUCGUGCGCUUUGCGGCCACGUGGAUCUUCGGCGAGUCCGGCGAGCUGCGGAACGUCCUGCCAUGGCAGCGGCGGUCGGUGCACGUGGCAAGCCCAGCACCGCGCGGCACUACCCCGCCGGCACGAUUUAGCGAGAUCGACCAGUUUCAGUGA